ACUUUCAGUAGACCAAUCAGCUAAUAAUUAAGUUUCAUCUCCUUUCCAAAUCAGUAGUAAAGUCAUGAGAGCUACAUAUACUUAGAUCCCCACAUGCCAACCAUCUGUCUCUAAAAUAUUAGUCAGGUUAGACCAUAGGCUUCUAUUUUAUCAUCAUUAGUCCAAGGGUCUGUGUAGAUCUGUUGAGCAGUUACAUUCUGGGGCCAAUUAUCUGUUGGCACCUGCAGCAUCAUCUUUGAAAAAUACAGAAGAGAAUUAAGAUUCCAAAUUGCAGCAAAAGCUCAUCAAAUGGGAGCAGCAGCAGCAGCAGCAGCAGCAACUGCAUAAGAUCAAAAACACUGAGAAGGAGAUGACUUUUCUUCAAGCUCCAUUAGGAGUGAGGAGUUAUGUCAGCUCCCUCAUAGCAUUCAUCUCCCUCAUAGCAUUCUCUCUCAUUGUGUGCUCCAUCUCUCUCCUUCUGAGCAAAGACAAUGCUGUUCUGCCGCCGCAAGCGGAGGUACCGCCGAUAUCGUCGGUACCGCCGACGGUAGAGCUGGACAGGUCGAGAGGGGGCGACGACGGCAGCUGCGACGUGUCCUCCGGCCGCUGGGUUUACGACAAUUCGACUCGGCCGCUGUACUCGGGCCUCGGUUGCUCCUUCAUGCACGACGAAGUGGCCUGCGAGAAGUACGGGCGGAGUGAUCUCCGGUACCAGCACUGGCGGUGGCAGCCCCACGGUUGCGAUCUCCCGAGGUUUGAUGCAAAAAGGUUGCUUGAGAAGCUCAGAGGGAAAAGAAUGGUUUACGUCGGCGACUCGCUUAAUCGGAAUCAAUGGGUCUCUAUGGUGUGCAUGGUAGAGUCGUUUGUGCCCCCCGGACUAAAGACUCAAACUUACCAUGGCUCGCUUAUGUCCUUUAAGGUUGAGGAGUACAAUGCAACAAUAGACUUUUAUUGGUCGCCGUUGUUGGUCGAGUCGAACUGCGACGAUCCCGUGAUCCACCGAGUGUCGGACAGAAUUAUGCGAGCAAACGCAAUCGAAAAGCACGCAAAGCAUUGGGCAGAUGCAGAUAUACUUGUUUUCAACUCUUAUCUGUGGUGGAAAAAGCCCAAUAUGAAGAUGAAGGUCUUGCAUGGUUCAUUCGAAGAGAACAGUACAAACUUAGAAGUCGUCGAAAUGGAUUACGGUUUCAAGUUAGCGAUGAGGGCGUGGUCUCGGUGGCUCGAAUCACACAUCAGCACUGACAAGAUCCAGAUCUUCUUUGUAAGCUUGUCACCUACUCAUGUCUGGGGCGAAGACUGGGGCAAACCGAACUGCUACGGCGAGACGGAACCAAUCCACAAAGAAGGUUACUUUGGCCAAGGAUCGGACUACGGUAUGAUGCGAACCGCAGAGUCUAUAAUCGACGGACUAAGAUACAGGGGAAUAAAUGUGCAAAUACUUAACAUUACUCAGCUCUCGGAGUAUCGUAAAGACGGACAUCCGUCGAUAUACAGGAAACAAUGGAUUCCUCUGACCGAAGAACAGCUCGCGAACCCCAGUAGCUACGCGGAUUGUACGCAUUGGUGCCUCCCGGGUGUUCCUGAUGUGUGGAACGAAAUUUUAUACUCUUACAUUGUUUCUAGAUGAUAUGUAUGAGAAAUCAAUUAACAAGGUCCUCAUUUGUGUUGCUUUUGAAUGCUUUUGUUGUUAACUAAAUGUAAAUUGUCAUGAAAACAGAGUUAUUAUUUACAUUCAGAAAACUCUGUGACUAAACCAUGUUGAAUUGGAAUACACAAGUUAUUCACAAAUAUGAAAUUGCAUACAUAUAUA